UUAUAUAGACACAUAAAUUCAUCUGUAUGAUGUGAAAGCUGAAGCGAAACUGUUUGCGAGACCAACGAACUAACAGGAAAUGGGGGAUGGGCAAAAGGGGAGAAUAUGGUGCAUACACGUAUAGAACUUUGCACAGCCUUUCCGAGUCCUCAGGCCAGCCCUUUUCCUUCGGCUCGGGAAAGCAGGAAGUAUAAAAGGCUCUACCGGUCCUUCCCGCUCUCUAUUGCCCUCUGCCUGCCACAGACCCCAGAGAAGGGGCUUGGGAACAAGGUACCGCGUGAAGAUCUCGGGAGUUGUUUCUGAUAAGGUUACAGCUCUCCUACCCCUUGGUAAGAAUGGAUUUCCACAGUUGUCUUUACGAUAUUGCUGAACGUCUGGGCAACGAAGAACUGGCUGCCCUCAAGUUCCUGUGCUUGGACCACAUCCCGCAGAAGAAGCAGGAGUCCAUCAAUGAUGUCCUGGUGCUAUUUCAGAGGCUGCAGGAAGAGGGGAUGUUGGAGGAAGACAAUUUGUCCUUCCUGAAGGAGCUGCUUUUCCAUAUCAGUCGGCGGGAUCUGCUGAGCAGAGUCCUAAAAAGCAGCCCAGAGGAAAUGGUGAGGGAGCUGCAGGUUCUGGGCAAAGCCCAGGUUUCUGCCUACAGGGUUAUGCUCUUUAAGCUCUCAGAAGACAUGGACAAGGAGGAUUUGAAAUCUUUUAAGUUCCUUUUGAUCACUGAGAUCCCUAAAUGUAAACUGCAAGACAACUCGAGCCUGCUUGAUAUUUUCGUAGAGAUGGAGAAGAGGACUAUCCUGGCAGAAAACAACUUGGUUACCCUAAAAUCAAUCUGUUUCCGGGUCAACAGGAGCUUGCUGGGAAGGAUCGACGAUUACGAACGAUCAAGCACAGAGAGAAGAAUGAGCACUGAAGGAGGGGAAGAGCUGCCAGUUUCUGUUUUGGAUGAGGUGACCAUCAAAAUGCAGGACAUGUGGGACUCGCCAGGAGAGCAAGAGAGUGAGUCACUAAAUUCAGACAAUGUUUACCAAAUGAAGAGCAAACCUCGGGGGUACUGUCUGAUCUUCAACAAUAAUAAUUUCAGCAAAGCACGGGAGGACAUACCCAAACUCAGCAACAUGCGGGACAGAAAAGGAACCAACUAUGAUGAAGAGGCUCUGAGUAAGACCUUUAAGGAGCUUCAUUUUGAGAUCGUGUCCUUCAGUGAUUGCACAGCAAGUCAAAUCCAUGAGGUUCUAGUAUCCUAUCAAAGCAAGGACCACAAGGGCAAAGACUGCUUCAUCUGCUGCAUCCUAUCACAUGGGGACAAGGGCAUCGUCUACGGAACGGAUGGGAAGGAAGCCUCUAUCUAUGAGCUGACAUCUUACUUCACUGGCUCAAAGUGCCCUUCCCUGGCUGGAAAACCCAAAAUCUUUUUUAUUCAAGCUUGUCAAGGAAAUAACUUCCAGAAAGCGGUGCCUGUGCCUGAUGAGACAGGCUUAGAACAGGAGCACGUUUUAGAAGAGGAUUCAUCAUCUUACAAGAACUAUAUCCCAGAUGAGGCAGACUUUCUGCUGGGGAUGGCUACUGUGAAAAACUGUGUUUCCUACCGAGAUCCCACGCGUGGGACCUGGUAUAUCCAGUCACUUUGCCAGAGCCUGAGGGAAAGAUGUCCUCGAGGUGAGGAUAUUCUCAGCAUCCUGACUGGCGUGAACUAUGAUGUGAGCAAUAAAGACAACCCGAGGAACAUGGGAAAGCAGAUGCCACAGCCCAUCUUCACACUACGGAAGAAGCUCUUCUUCCCUCCUAACUGAUGUGUGCUCUCUACAGUUCACAUGGGUUAUCUGUGCACUUUUGUGUGUCCUAACUGAUGUGUGCUCUCUACAGUUCACAUGGGUUAUCUGUGCACUUUUGUGUGAAGGAGAGAAUCUUAUUUAUUUUUUUUACCAUUUCUUUUGUUUUUGAGUUUACAUUUAUGUCAUUUCCGUUUUCUCUCUUCAAAUCUUCCUAUGUAAUCUUCCAGUUUCAAAUACAUGACCUCUUUUGUCAUCAAUUGUUGUAUACGCAUGCACACACGCGUGCAUGCACAUACACACAAACUUCUAAAUGUAAUCUACCCAGUCUUUAUACUGUUACUUUUUGCUUUUUAAAAAUGGAGUAACCUCGGGGCUGGGGAUUUAGCUCAGUGGUAGAGCGCUUACCUAGGAAGCGCAAGGCCCUGGGUUCGGUCCCCAGCUCCGAAAAAAAAAAAUGGAGUAACCUCUGGGACUUCCUGUCCCUAGAAUAGUUGGGCAACAUAAAUUGUAUUCCAUUGGUUCACCUUUAAUCCCAGCACUCCGGAGGCAGAGGCAAGAGGAUCUCUGAAUUCAAAGCCAGCCUGCUCUACAGAGCAAGUUCUAAGACAGCCAGGGCUACACAGAGAAAGCUUGUCUUAAAAAAAAAAAUAAUAAUACUUGAAGAUGUGUGAGUAAGAAAGCAAGACUGGAUCAUGGACUGGGACGAGUUAACAGAGGGAGUGAAUAGCAUUGUCUGCAUGCGAUUCUGGGACUUAAUAAAAGUAUUAAACUUC